AUGCAAUAUGUGCAAACAAAUGAACGGAGGGGAGGGAGGCCUCCAGGUCGGAUUGCAUUAAGCUUCCGAGCAAAGGCAAGGCCGAGACGUCUCCGGCGUCGGAUUCCGUCGACGAGAACGAAGGCGAAGGAAGCGGAGAAGAGGAGCACGAAGACAAAUAGCGUAGAAAGCGACCAGGUUUGGGAUGUUGACAGUUUCGAUUUAGACUACGAGUCACCUGAUGAGUCGCCUUCGGAGACGGACGAAGAGGAGCUGCGUCGUUAUUUGCGUCAUAUCUACAAGAGCCGGGGUUUCUUGUUGGAUAAAGAGAUGGUUCCCAAGAAUCUGUUUCAAGGGUGGCGCCCUUUGAAUCUGGACGCCGUAUUCAAAGAUCCCAACCUCACGGGGCGUGACUACAUGGAGAUUAUGGCUCGAGUGGCGAUUGACAAAUACAACCAAACAAAGAAUAAGAUUGUGACGCUUGACCAUAUCGUGAGGGCCGUGAUAAGGAUGAGCAUUGGAGUCACAGCGUAUAUUACUUUCAUGGCUAAGGAGUCUCCUGAAGGAGAGCUUGUAGAGUAUCAAGCUAAGACUGAGAUUAAGGUCUGGCAGACUAAGAUUCAUCCCAUCCUUUGCAGACCCACCUCGUCCUCGGAAAGGUAG